AUUCUAAUAGGUUGAUUCAUGAUUUCAAAUAAAGUGCAGACUCCUGUUUUACCUCUAAAAUGGCAUCUGAAGAAGAAGUUUCUAGAUACAUCUUAGUAAAAACUAUUCAAGCACUGCAUCAGCAUUUAUGGCAGAAUGCUCGCAUCUCAGCAAUUCAUCGUCCACUGCACUAGUAUUACCACCCACUCCAUUAAAAGAAAUCAUCAGCGAUUAUAAGGAGCGUCAAGCAACAAAUCUCAUGGUUCAGUCGAUGGGCAACGAAAAAACAUGGCGGAGUCUCUGGGAGAAACUCCAGCAAACUCUCACACAAAUAGAUAAUUUUGCCCAAAGUCACAAUCUAGCUAAGAAACAGCAAAGUCGACCGGCAAAAUAUGUAUUUAGCAACAAAUCAUUACAAUCCACUAAUUACAAGCAAAGACCAGCUACCAGUGCAUCUGUGUUACCACCUGCCCCGAGUCCAACCGCCAUUGUUUCAAUCCCUUCGUCUCAGUCAUCAUCCUCUUCGUUAGUAUCAACUCCUAGUUUUUCGCAGAGUCCCCUCACAUCUGAUAUGCCUCUCAUUAUCACAAGUGACACUCGUCAGACUCCUGAGUCAGCGUCAAGUUGUGACACAGUCUCGGCUAGUGCAGCUGUGCUCAAAUCUCCUCGAAAAAAGUUACAGCCAUCAAAAAGAAAACGGAUUGAAACUACAGCAUCAUCGUCAUCAUCGUCGUAUGAACAAUUUCUUGAUGACUUUCUUCACGCCCAUUCUAAUACCUUCCCAAAUAUAGUAGCUGAUUUUAUCAAUUCAAACAUUACUGGUACUGCAAGUGGAGCUGAAGCACACGUACCAGAUGCAUGGCUGGAUGACCUUCUAGAUACUCUUAAUCAACCUACCACUGCCCAGGAGCAAGGUCCCUCUGGAGCUCAACCAAAGAAAUUCUUACGAUUUGAAAGUCCUGAUAAAGAUAGCAAAGGCGGAGAGGAGUGAUCUAUUUAGAAUCUAUAUGUAUAUAAUGUUGUGUAUUAUAAAGAACUGUCAAAUUACAGUAUGUUGUGUUAAUUGGUAUAACGCGUUUUUCAAAA